CACAAGUAUUUCAGGAUGCCAUUUUUAAAAGUCUACGUACGCAAAAACAAUACGGCAUGUUUCACUAUUGUUGCAAUUUAUGAAAUACAAGCAGUGAGUGUAGAUGCACGUGGUGAAGUGUUUUGCUAGUCAAGUCUUUCUUUCAGAGACUUUUUCACUGGGUGGAUAUUUUGGACCCAUCGUCCCUCCUUGCAUCAGAUUGCUUCUUUAACCUGUGCUGCACACCACCAGUCUGUUAGAGGACGGGAUUGCACACUGCAUGCCACACUUUGAUUGGUGGAAGUAUUGUUGGCGAUCCAAUGCAAACUGCCAAUAAAGCCAAAAUAAAUUCCACUCCAAAAUGUCCAGUUAUACGGGAGAAAUAAAAAAUUCUCGAUCACUGUUGGAAAGCAAGGAACAGACUAGUAAGGAUGAAUUGAAGGUCAAAGAAGCAUGGAAACUGAGUCUGUCUUCCAUCCAUCCCGAUACUGGCAGUGUGCUUCCACUUGUUUUUAGGCCUCCAGCAUUCCUGCCUUUAGCUGCUCCAUUGGUCAUAGCAACUCUCUUGCCUCACAAAGGAGUAAAACCAGCCCUGUUUUGGCAGAUUUUGUUUCAGAGCUACAGUGCCGGAUUUAACUAUGUGAACAGAAAUGCCACAUCGUGUAAAAAUGAAAGGAUUCCUCUAAAGCAGGUUCUUCUGCUUGUCGGCUCAGUCUCCUAUGCCACAUGCGCAGGGGUUCUCCCUGAGCUUGCAAUGAACCGGUAUGGAUUGAACAGUCCAGCGAUGCAGUUGCUCUUUAGAAGAAUAGUGCCUGUGCCUCUCUUUGCAUCUCUCAGUGCCCUCAGCGUGCUGGUUGUGAGAGGUGAGGAGUUUGAGAAUGGGAUUGAGGUGAUGGAUUCCACUGGGAAUGUGGUGGGAGUCUCUCAGACAGCAGGGAUGAAGGCCGUGAAAGAAACCGCAAUGUCCAGGGCAGCCCUGAUAGGCUGUACAGCUGCAGUACCGAACGUGCUUGUGAGCUUCCUGCAGAGGACAAGUUUCAUCAAGAGGAGUCCGUUGGUUCUGGCUCCAUUCAGACACAUUACCACUGCCCUGGUGCUGGGCUUAAUGAUACCCAUCUCAUUCAGCCUGUUUCCACAAUCCGGAAAGGUGAUGAAGGAAGAUCUUGAGGCACAUAUCCAGGCAGCCACUACAGAGCCAGAACUGUACUACCACAGGGGCUUGUGAAGGCCUCAGACAGUACCUUCCCGCAACCUGGGCUUUCUGUCUGUUACAUAUUGCAGUGUAAUAACAUGUGUAUGUAAUGUGAAUAGGCAAGAAUAUAUUGUUUACUUACAUUACAGUCUUCAGAUGUCAUGGAAUUGAGGCUAGAAGUCUUUUUUAUUUAGUAAAUAUGUGAAAUACUGUUUAAAGUGAUGUAAAACACAAAAUGACCUACAAAAAGUAAUUUAAAUCAAUGUUCGAUUCAUUGUAUGAAAUGUAUUAUUGUGGUAAUGUGGCUUCUUGUUUUCCGGAUUAUAAAAGAUAUUGACUUCAAA